AAUACUCUAUAGUCUUCGUGCUGCUUGCACUUUUUGCACUCAGGAUCUUCAUUUUCUCUUUUUCUCCAACACCCAAAUAUGUAUUUAUCUCGUUUAAAGUGCAACAAUUUUUUGAAUUCGGAACACGAACUGUGUUUUGCAAAAUUGUAUUAGCGUGUUUUUUAUACUGAAAUAUUGGCAAUGACUGACAGAAAAUGAAAGAGACGCUUAUCUAUUUAUUAACGACAGUUUGUUUCAAUCACAUUAAUUUGUUUUUAGUUUUGUUGUAAAUAUUUACAUAUAUGUAAGGUAGCAGCAUAAUCGAUAUCGAGGUUAUGUUAUUGACAGAUAUACAACAAACAUCUUAAUUUAUGUUACGCGAUGUAAUAAUUGCAAAACGUUCUUUGCAAUGAUGACGACUAUUGAUGCUUCUCUAUUUACAUUGAAAAAAGAACAGAAUGCUUGCAACAACAGCGAUAGUGAUAAUAGCUCGGAUAAUAUCGACGACUUCUCAUCUGUGCCCUUACCAUCACUUUUUAAAAAUUCUGUCAUUGUCGACGAAUCCAACAAUGAGUUCUUACAUCUCACUGCAACGGUUCGUGCUGUAUAUUUAUCUUAUCUUCAUAAAUGCUUACUUAGUAAUUAUGCAACUUGUUACAAGCAAAAUGAUGAUGUAUCAAUUGAACGUAUUGAAGUGAAAAAGUGUGCAGAUCAAAUGGAAUUACAUGCUGUCCAAUUGGCAUUAGAAGCUAAUUUAUACAGACAAAAUAUGCUAAAAAUGAUUAACGACGUAAAAUCACAUACAAUAAAAAAAAAAGUCUAUAAAAAAUUAGUAAUAUUUUUAGAAACACCAAAAGAUAAAAUUGAUAUUGCUGUACAAACAGAUGACACAUGGAUGGAUUUGGAAGGAACAAAUAUACAAAGUAUAUCUUUUAUGUCCAAUUGUGAGAAAUCAUUGCCUGAAAUAGCAUUACCUAUUAUGAAUUAUAGUAAUUUCUGCAAAAGUAAGAAUGCUGCGGAAGAUUUUAAUGAUGAAGCAGAUAUGCAAAUGCUGCAGAGCACAGCGAAAGAAAAAUCUAACAAUGCUAGUCCUGAAUUUAAUGAUGAAAUAAAUUCUCAUAUAAUGGAUAAUGUAUCUAUUUACAGAAAUGAAGAUGAAAAUUCACGAGAUUCCUUAUUACAACAUAUGCAGGAUAUGUUUUGCGAAAGUGAUGAUAGUAGCGAUCUUACGAGACUAAUUGAGAAACAUUCUGGUGUUACUAAAGCAAACAUUGAUAAAGAAAUUAAUAAGAUAUGUUCGGAAGCGGACAUUAUUGCAGACUCAAAUCUUUUUCAUGUUCCACUAGGUAAUAAUGUAGCGAGGCCUAACGUAGCAAAAGUAAAUACAAGCGAAGGAAGAAUCAGCUUUAGUCGCUAUAAAGAAAUGCAAAGUAGAAGAUCCAUUAAAUUAAAGGGAAUCAAUGCAAACGAAACUGCAGUUGAAAGCAAGCAAAAACAAAAGAUAAAUGCUAUUUGGUUUGUGGAACGCGUGCAUCAAGUUUCGAAAUUGAAAGCUAAAAUGACUGAGUUAUCAUUGACAAAUUAUCGAAGGCACGGAAUAGUAAAAGAAAAAUUUCUUCGUUUAUUUGGAGAAUUUGAGGAAGAAGAAAUGAUGCCAGAUUCACCAAUUUGUAUAGAGGAACAUUUACCGGCUUGCAAAGAAAGAAUAGCACCUUGGAUUGUGAAAUACUUAAUGCCAUUCUAUAAAAAAAGAAGAAUUAAAGACCGUCAGCUUUUCAAAGCUGUUGCAAAGUACAUUACAGAUAUGCUUAUUAUAGAGAAUACUUUUCCAGAACAAGAGUGUGUAAACAAGUAUAUAGAAGAUUACUUCAAGAACAAGAAGUUUAUUAAGACUAAGCAGGAUAUAUAUCUAUAAAAGAGAUUGGCAUUAUAUCAGUUUAAUAUGCAAUACAAAUCAUUGAAAGUCAUUAGAAAUUGUACCUCGAUAUAGAUCAUUUUCUUCUCUCGCAUAACAUUUUUGAUCUUUUGUUUAUGCAUCACAUGAUGGAAUUAGAUGUAUUGUAUGUUACAAUGUAAAUACGUAUCAUGAAUAAAACAAAAUUCUGAAAAAA